AUGGAGCUGCGCCAGCGCCGCCACGACGACCUCCGCAACGAGAGCGACGACGACGCCGACGAGGGCCUUGCGGCGGGCGACGGCGGCCUCGACGAGCAAGACAAGGUGCUCUGGGUGUGGCUACCGCUCAUCAUGGUCGGCCUCGGCGCGCUCCUCUUUGCGUCCAUGCACGUCAUCAACAGCCACGACGACACGGCGCGCGUGCUGCAUGCGAUUAGCCGCGGCCCGCGCGUACCCGGCGGCCACCAUGAGUACCGCUUGACGAAGAGCGAGCUCGCGCUCUUCAACGGCGUCGAGCAGGACCGCCUCUUCCUCUCGGUGCUCGGCCAAGUGUUUGACGUGACCGCGGGCAAGAAGCACUAUGGCGACCGCGGCGCGUACCGCCACUUUAUCGGCAUCGACCGCAGCCGCGCGUUUAGCUCGGGCGACGCCAGUGACGGCGAAGACGUGAGCUCGUUUACCGACAAGCAGCUGCUCGAUGUCCAUCGGUGGCUCGUCUUCUUCGACACCAACAAAGCCUAUGCGCGCAUGGGCACGGUCGAGGGCGUCUACUACGACAAGUUUGGCCACGCGACGCCACUCAUGCAGGAGUUGCGCGAGCGCAUUCGGGCGGCCAAGGCCGCCGAAGACGCGGCCGCCGCCAUCGAAGCGUGCAACAUGGAGUGGAAGGCGGGCGAAGGCAGCGUCGUGUGGUGCGCAGACCCCAACAAGUUUCCGCGCAAGCACGCGGGUGGGCGCUGCGGGUGCUUUACCGCCGCCGACAUUGCGAUGCAUGGCGAAACGACGCUCGAGCUCAUGGACCACUGCAAGGAGCUCGACAAGCGUUGCGUCUCGGCCACGUACAGCGCGUCUUAAGAGUUGUUGGGUCUCAAAACACACACAGAACGUAUCAUCAUUCGAUCAACAUAUCGAC